UCUCAUCUUGGCUCUUUGGCAUCAUGGCUUCGACGCUACAGUUGAAGUCCCAUGUCCCGUACCAAAGGCCUCAUAGGAGGUGGUCGGCCAUCCAACGGAUGCUCUCGCGACUCCGCCAGCAAUGGAAGAUGCUGGGCUUCUUUGAAAUCAACGAGCAGCACGAAUUUUUUGAGUUCACCUGUAUGCUCAAACAAGGGCUGAAGGCCUCCAUCCAGAUAACCAUCGAUGAACCGGUGAGCAUGGAUUCGCGAAAGCCAUCCGAUUUUACCAGGGUGCUUAAGCAGUUCCAUGCGGGUUACGAGAUGCGGACCUACGCAGCUCCUGUCUUCGCCCGUUUCCGGCAGUGUCUUGGCAUGACAGACACGGAUUUCCAAAUGUCCUUGACGUGUGAAAGUUCCUACCUGCAGUUCAUCAGUAACUCUAAAAGCAGAGCUGACUUCUUCCUCACGUUCGACAAGCGUUAUUUCCUGAAGACGCAACGGAAACGCGAGAUCCGCUUCCUCCUGACCAACCUGCCCAAAUACUUGGCCCACAUGGAGAGAUAUCCACACUCCAUCCUGGUGAAAUUCCUGGGUGUUUAUAGCAUCAUUGCCCCCCAAGAGAAGAAGAGAUACUUCAUCAUCAUGCAAAGUAUCUUCUAUCCCCAUGAGAAGAUUACUGAACACUAUGACAUCAAAGGGUGCGAAGUCGGACGCUGGACAGAACCCAACAUAGAUAGCAGUGAAGUCAUUGUGGUUUUUAAGGACUGCGACUUUGGAGACAAGGUGAUCUCCCUUAGCCAAGACCAGACCUGGUUGGUGCAGCAAGUGAAGUUGGACACCCAGUUCCUCAAAGCUUUGCACGUGAUUGACUACAGUUUGCUGGUGGGCCUUCAACCUCUCCAUGAAGAUGAUCGGCUCCUGAGCAAGACGCUGGGAAAUAUAUUAGCCAAGACGAGAUUGUCAGUGAGCUAUGAUUGUCCUCGCCGCAGCGCUGUCUCGGGGAUGACUGACGGCAGAUCUCCUUCCAAUACAUCUUCCAGCUCCUCCAGCUGUGACCAGAUCCACCGGUUGUAUCCAGAUUACUUGUCUCCCUACUUGAAACCCGACCAGCCUCCAGAGCAGUUGAUCCGAAGUGAGGGUUUCAUGCGCAACGUGGUGACGCCGUUCCUGAUGCAGAACAGCUACGACGAAGUGAGCUACAUUGUGGACAGCGCCCUCUAUGCCCCCAGCCUCUUUGACUUGUCUGAUGACUCCUUCGCCACGCAGCAUCGCCGGAUCCUGCCCAUCUGCAAAAACCCUCUACACACAAUCGACGGACCGGAUUACCGCUACUACAUAGGGAUCGUUGACCUUUUCACCGUCUACAGUUUCCGCAAAAAGGUGGAAAAUUUGUGGAAGAGCCUCCGCUACAGAGGCCACCAGUUCUCCACAGUGGAACCUUCUUACUACGCUCGGAGAUUGUGUCAGUGGGUGGAAGAUCACGUUAUAUGAACUGGAAAGGAGGAGCUGAGCCAGUUGCAGUUGAAAGUCAGGUGGUAUCCCUGUCUUUUCUCGUACGUUCCCCCGGUCCCUGCAGAUCACUGUUCAAGUUCCAACACAAGUCACUUCUUGUGAUGGUGACCUCUUGACUAUCAGGAGGUGGAGUUGAGUGAAAUUCCCUAGAAAUAGGCCCCUCCAGCAGCAAGGACCGGUGGGCAGCUUUCCAUGGAGCGUGGAAGUUCUUGAGGACAUUGAGGCUAUGGCUUUGCAAAAACUAGGUGGACACCUCCACCCCGUGGACAUUGCAAUCGGCGGCACUGAAUCCCUCAAACUCAAGGGACUAUAGCACGGGGCGGGGGGAGGGGACCAUCCAUCUCCUCCCAAACAAACAGUGUCCUCCAACUCUGUAGAAAAAAAGAAUGAUUGAUGCGUCCAUCUUGGUGCGGUGUAGGUCAACCCAAUCCAGACAAAGGUGUUGGGGCUAAUCAAGAGCUCCUUCCUCAAAUGAUUACGGUCCCAAUCCAUGAGGGGCAAAGA